UGCGACACAGGACCCAAAUUAACUCACAUGUACGCCCACCGUGUGCAUACCUGAAGUGCAGAAGUUUGGAAAACCAAUACACGUUUGUAGAUUGUAAUAUAUUCCAUCGAUAAACCACACUGUUUAUCCAGAAUGAGUUCCCAGAUUACUUGUGUCGGAUGGGUGGGCAGAGGCGUUGCCAAGGAAACCCCGGACAAAGUUGAGUUGAGCCAAGAGGAGCUACAGCGCAUCAUUACUGAAGCAAAAGAGGAGCUGGGGGAACUAGCAGCUGAGGAUGAAGAAGAGGAGGAUGAAGGUAUUGCUUGUGAACGUAAUCCUAAAACAGCAGAUGUUGCUGAUGUUCCAAAGGAUGAGAAUGAAGAAGUGAAGGAGGAAGAUGACGAGCUAGCAGAGUACGGCCUGGAUAAAUAUGAUGAAGAGGAUACAGUGACCGCUAGUCUCGGUGACAGUCUGGCUGGGCUUACCGUGUUCAGCUCUAAUGAGGAGGAUCCUUACAUCACCCUCAAAGACACAGACCAGUAUGAGCGGGAAGACUUCCAAAUCAAGCCCAGUGACAAUCUCAUCCUGACAGGCCGUGCAGAGAAGGACUGCUGCAAUCUGGAGAUCCAUGUUUAUAACUCUGAGGAGGACUCCCUGUAUGUUCAUCAUGAUAUUCUGCUGCCAGCUUACCCACUGUGUGUGGAGUGGCUAAACUUUGACCCCAGCCCCGGAGAAGGGCACGCUAAUUAUGCCGCCGUUGGCAACAUGACUCCUCAGAUAGAUGUGUGGGACCUGGACGUGGUGGACUGUUUAGAGCCAGCCUUCUCCCUGGGGAGCAAAAAGGCCUCCAAGAAGAAAAAGAAGAGCAAGAAGGGGGCAGCAGCAGAGCCUGUCGAGGGGCACACAGAUGCAGUGCUGGAUUUAUCCUGGAACAAACUGGCCAGAAAUGUGUUGGCCAGUGGAUCAGCAGAUGACACAGUUAUCUUGUGGGAUCUUACUCAAGGCAAACCGGCCACAACUCUGCGCAGGCACACUGAUAAGGUUCAGACGUUAUCAUUCCACCCAUUUGAGGCACAGACUCUGAUAUCAGGAUCAUACGACAAGACAGCUGUUCUGUAUGACUGCCGCAGUCCAGACAACAGCUAUCGCACGUGGAGGUUUAGUGGUCAAGUGGAGCGUCUGAUCUGGAACCACUUUUCACCAUGCAACUUCCUGGCCAGCACAGAGGAUGGAUUUGUCUACUGUCUGGACGCACGCUCAGAUAAACCUGUUUUCACACUGAGGGCUCAUGAUGAAGAAGUUUCAGGUUUGGACCUUAGCAGCCAGAUUAAAGGAUGCCUGGUCACCUCAUCAGCUGACAAACACGUUAAGAUUUGGGACAUUUUGGGCAACAAACCCAACCUGGUGCACUCACGGGAUAUGAAAAUGGGUGUGCUGUUCUGUGCUUCAUGCUGCCCUGACAUGCCCUUCAUCUACGCCUUCGGGGGACAGAAAGAUGGCUUGCGGGUUUGGGAUAUAAGUGAUGUUGCAGCAGUGGCCGAGGUGUUUGGCAGCCGAGAGCGCCUUGUGGUGAACACAGGAUCACAGGCAUCCAGCACUGCAGCCACAGCAGAGAUGGAAAUCUCCUAGUGACGCUCUGGAUGCAUCAACAUCCCGUACAAACAUUAAUAAACUGAGCAUCCCUGGAAAUGUAUCCAAGCUCUGCUUGGUGCUGUGUUCCUCAUAGUGCAGCACUUAGUUCAUGCGAAAAGGAUUGGGAAAAAAUAAAGCUGCAUUCAUGAAGGAUUUGAAAGGUUGGCGAGAAUGCAAACUGAACCUAAAACACCUGAAAAACCUGUUCAGUUUGUCUCUCUGCAAGGAUACCAGUGGCUUUGCACACUCAAAGACGUGUUAAAGUUCCAGUGUGUAAUAUUUAGGGGGAGCUAUUGGCAGAAAUGGAAUAUAAUAUUCAUAAGUAUGUUUUCAUUAGUGUAUAAUCACCUGAAAAUAAGAAUCGUUGUUCCACGGAGGCCGUCUUGUUGCACCGCCAUGUUCCUACAGUAGCCGGGAACAGACAAGCCAAACACUGGCUCUAGAUUGGCCGGCUACUGCAGUUUCUCCCACACGCUUGGAACGGGAGGGUGAUGCGAGCAGUAUUCAAAUGGUUGCAAACUGCAAUUUCCCCAUUAGAUGCCACUAAAUCCUACACACUUGAUCUUUAAGAAAAGACAAGAAAAUGUUUCUUAUAUUCAUCAAAAUGUGUCAUUUACAUUGUGAUUUUUCAUACCUUGGUUUCCUGGUAAUAAUGAAUGGUUAAAAUCUAAUAUUAAAAGAAGCCUGUAUACUAACAGCUGGCCACAGUUUUUAAAAAUAAUUCUUUAAAAUGCUGUAUAUUCAAUAAAUAAAUACAGUUUAUAAAAUGUGUAAAUCUUCUUCUGUUUGGAAUCUGCAACCCUCAGAUGGUGGACGGUGGACAAGGUACAUGAUGAGAAAUGAGAAUGUACAAAACUCUUGAAUGUGUUUUGAUUAAAUAAAUAUUUAAAAUUAGAUCAGAA